AUGAAGACCGCCAGACAGAGGCCUUCAUUGACCAUCAAUGCCAAGAAGGCUGGACAAAUGAACAAUAACGAGAUGACCACCCCGAUCACCCACAACCCUUAUCAGACUCCGCAGGCCUCCACUUCCAACUUUGCCUUGUAUCAGACAGCAGGCUAUGGAAAUGGAGCAGGUGUUCCUAUUACACCGUUGACUCCGCUUCCUAAAACUGGAGCAACUCAACAAUAUCCUCAAGCCCCAUUAGGAGAGGCUUGUCGCAGUAGAAAUGACUCGAGAGUGAGUAUCUUGAGUGAUGAUGAUGACUAUGAUGAUGGCCACUACGAUGAAUUUGAAGACCAGAUGGCCAACUCGUUGUACUCUCAUUCCAGUUUGAAUGGGUCAUCUGUGGCCGGCUCGUCCGAGUAUUUGGGUCUCCCUGGUAAGAAAACCGGCGGCGUUAGUAUCACGAUGACCUUCACCAAGAAUUUCGAAAGCAUGUUGAUGAACAUUUAUCAGAACUACACUUCCAAUCCACAAUUAACCCCGUUCAGCGGGAGGUAUCCUCCUGCGGGGAUUGUAUCGAAAGUAGCAAAGGAAGCCCUCAAGGUAGCAUUGAGUAAGAAUAUCUUGAUCGAUUUGAACACAAAAAGCAAUAAGAAAUACAAGAAUUUGGGAACCACUUCUUCGGCUUAUUCAAACUUGCUUGGACAGAUUAGACAAAAAUUGAUUGAGAUAUGUAUGGGGUUCUAUAAUCAUGCUAACAAUAGUUCGAUAAACCACGGGGUUCCACCAGUGCGCAAUAGUUCAGUAUCAUCGUUGCUGUCAAUAAACCCUCACAACUUCAGCUCAAUAGAUGAGGGAUUUGCGAAUUUAUCAAUAACUUCUCCUACACCUGCAAACGCCUCAUCAGGGUUGGGUAAUCAAAGUUUCUUACAUCUAAAUAACCAACUUACCUCUCCACAGCUAUCGCCUAUCAACCACACAUUCUCUCCAAUCAACGCCAACUUUAGCAACUACUUCUUGCCGGAAAUCAACCCACCAAACUCGUCGGUGGCUACUAAUACUGCCUCGAUUCAUGAUGCUCUCAGCAGCUACAUAAAUAAUAACCAGGGACAAAAAUCGACGUUAAAUGUCAACACUAGUUCGGUCCAGGGGAGCAACAUGCCAUUGACCCCAAUCACCCCAAUCGACUCACAUAAUCCGCUUCUACAAGGAAAUCGGAUACUUUCUCCUACCUACGAGUCAACGCAACAACAGUUUUCCUUAUCUUCACCUUUCAGGGAUUCUUUCGAGCUAGGAAAACCACCAAAUUCAGGUGGACCAAAGAAGCUACCAGCAGCUCGCUCUAAGAAUAAAGCUAAUGGACGACCAUUAAAAUUGGAACUUCCAAAAAAUACCGGACCAUUGGAGACUAGCGGAGGACUACUAUCUCCGGGAAUAACCUUGGCUACUGGCGGCUCAGACUUGAAUAUUUCAAGUAAGAGAAAAAAAGAGUCUUUAAAAUUGAAAAGACGUUAG